GUCACUCAGGUAUGACAUUUAACUGGGACACUAAACUAAAUAUGGCUGACUAAAACUGUUAAUAGUAAAACUGGGAAGUUCAAACGAACAAAAUCACAUAGAAAUUUGACUCAAUUGGAAACUUUCGGGAUCACCAAACAUGAAUUAUUCAUUAUGAAGAGGAAAAAAACAUUUUCUGAUAAAAAAUGAUUGACCCUUACAUCUAUGCUCUCACAAUAUUGCUGGUUACAAGUGCAAUUCUUGUUACUGGAUGCCCUACUACAUGUACAUGUAUAUUAAGAGAGGAUGGUAAAGAAAAGGUAACAUGUAGUAGUGGUGGAAGUCUACAAACCAUCAUUUCAACUUUAGACUCAUCAACAAGUUACCUUGAAGUUAUUUCAACAACAGUUAAUUCUCUAUCUCCAACAGAUUUCAGUGGGAUAACUGCCACAAGCUUGACAACUCUCAUCUUACGAAAUUGCUAUAUUAGUAACAUUUAUGACAAUACUUUUGAACUUCUUCCAAACAUUGUAAAUUUAAAUCUGACCCAUAACAGUAUUAGUACAAUUUCAACAAAUGCAUUUGCUGGAUUGUCAAAGCUGCGAUCGCUGGAUUUGUCUUCCAAUAGGAUCUCUAAACUUGGAGAACAGUUACUUCCCUUGGUUUAUUUGCAAAAAUUAGAUCUUGGUGAAAAUUUACUCACAGACUUAAAUUCAGGUGUAUUCAGAACAUUGACUCAUUUGCAGACUUUAACACUUAAUGGAAAUAAGCUGGAAAAUUUGCAUGGAGAUGGUCUAAAAGGACUUGGAUCUUUAAAACAGUUGAAUUUGAGGCAUUGUGAUUUGACAGCUAUACCUAGUGAUUUAUUUGCAAAUUCCAGAAUCGUUCAAAUUUUAGAUAUUGGAUUCAAUAGAAUAGUUUUACUUCCAUCAUCAGAAGUCUUUGUCCAAAAGUCACCAUAUCUGAAUACACUCAUUGCUGAUGGAAACUACAUAGAAUCGUUAAACAGAGACCAGUUUUCUAAUAUGCGCAUGGCCAAGUUGAGUUUAGCUAAAAAUAGAAUUCAAAAAAUACAAUAUGGUGUAUUUGAUCACUUUGAUGUUCAAGAUUUAGAUUUAUCUGAAAAUGUUAUUACCAGUAUUCACAGAAAUGCUUUUAGUCAGAUAGCUUUACAAUUGACAAAACUGAAUCUAGCUGGAAAUCCUCUAGGAAUUAUUCCAGAGGGUUGUUUAAAUAGCCUAUACAGGCUGCAACAUUUGAAUUUAUCAAUGUGUGCAUUGAACCGUUUAGGCAUUGAUGAAUUUGGUAAACUACAGAGGCUAGAAACUCUGGACCUAUCAAGGAAUAGAAUUCCAUACGCUCCACACCCAGUUUUGGAUUCUUUUAAUCGCAUGUCACAAGUGAACAUAGAACAAAAUGCUUGGCAUUGUGAUUGCCACAUACUUCCAUUUAGAAGAUGGCUUUCAACAUCAAAUGUUGGAAAUAUGUAUUGCAGUUCAAUAUAUUCCCUUGAAUGCAGACGUCCUAAAUGUUCAUCCCCUCCAAUAUUAGCAGGUCAAAUUAUAAAACUCACAGAUGAAAGAGAUUUAAAAUGUGAAAAAGUAACUGAAAGCGCACCGCUAAAAAAAUCUCAAGUAAUUGGAAUAUCUGUUGGGUGCAUAAUCUGUUUAAUCAUUAUCAUAGCUAUCAUUAUAAUAUGUAUACGCCAUUCCCAAGGGAAGAUAAGUCUGUCAUGUAACGAUUCUCAAAUCAGUAGCACAGAACUUGGUGACAAAGACAGGUCAACAAAACCAUUCCAUGACCCAGAAGUAGGAUCACUUGAUGAGUCAGAUAAAAGUUUUGUUGUCCGCAAUUUUUUUCAUUCAAUGGUCCCAAAUCCUAGUGCCGUUUCUCGUGGUUCUCCUGAAAUGUCACGUAAAGAACUUGAUGUAUCCCAUAGAUCCCGAUCAUAUUCAACAUUAAACAGUGUAGGUUAUAAUCCAUUUGGGAGAGAAUCUGCAGUGUAGUGUAAUAGUUUAUGGAUAUAUACUUGUAUGUACAAUGUAAUAUUGUUGUGUACAUUAUAGAUGUGUGCUAUAAGGCAAGGACUAUUGUGUGCAAAUUAAACAACAGGGUAUUUAAUUUAUUAGGCAAUGUUUCAUUCACAAAAAACUGCAUUCAACAAUUAAUGUAGAUGCAUAUAUGUCAACUGAGAAAAUUUGGCAAUACAUAUGCAUUGUAAUAAUGGUUGAUGUUUAAAGAAAUAUACAAAUUGUACAUGUAUAUUCUCUAAUUAAUUUUAUACAAGUGGUACAAGUACUGUGUCGAAAAAAUGUUCUCCUUUAAAGUAAAAAAGAAUGACUUAAUGAACCAAAAGUUUAAUGUUUAGCAUAUUUGGAACAGGGGGGGGGGGGGGGGGGGGGUCUCAACAUGGGAUUUUGGGUACAGGUGUGCAGCUGGGAUUUUAAAAACACCCCCCAUUCAUAUAUUGAAUAAUUGUGAAAUCCCUACCUAUACAUAUAUUUCACAGCGAAAUCAUAACCCAUUCAUAUAUUUAUCAGCUCAAAUAGUACCUAUAUGCAUAUACAAUCGGUCAAUUACUACCUAUUGAUAUAUUUCCUCGGUAAAAUUGCACCCCAUUGAUAUAUUUGACGGAUCAAAAAAGGGACUCAUUCCAGCGGCACAUAUGUAUAUACCUUUAUAUAGGAAGAGAUCCCCCCGUGAUUUGUCCCUUAUUUUUACAGCAAAAUAUAUGUACAUGUAACUAAGCCAUUUUUCAGCAAAAUUUAGUCAUAAAUAUUGGCAAUUUUUCAGCAAAUUAUAUGCUAUAAAUGCAAAAUUCAGUCAUAAAUAUUGCAACUCAACUGUGUAUUUUACUAAUUUUUUUGUUUUAUUAUUUCAUUUUUUUUAACUUUUUCUUUGGAUUUUGUAUGAAAGUUUAAUAUACAUGUAUAUAUAAACAAAGUGCAUCUAAAGAUGUGACUUAAUUUCUGAUUGCUGAAAAAAAGUGAUUAGUACCGGUAUGUUAAAUUUUUUAUUUUCAUUGAAUUAACAUUUAUGCUAGUAGAUAUGGCAUGUACCGGUAUGUACUAUGUUAAUAGAAAGAAUUUAGUGUAUGGCCAAUAUUAAUUGUUACCUACUCUUUUUGCUAACAGUACUGGUACAUAUAUAUUUCAUAUAAAAACAUGUUUUUUCAAACAAAUAUUUGGAAGCAUUUCAUGCAUUUAUGACAUGUAUGAUUGGAAUUCACAAACUAGUUAAAAGACAUAGAAUUGUAUAUUUAUUAAUUUAGUCACAAUUUUGUGGUAAAUUGUUUUUUAAGUUUUCCCUUGCAAUAGACAAAUACAAUAUUUUUUAAUUUUAAUAUUGUUGAAUUAAGUUAUCAUUUGUGAUUAUGUCAGUUUAAAGAGAACCAGUUAUGUUUAGUCAAUGAUACAUGUACAUGGUAUGCAGUAACUGUUGUUUAAGCAUUUCAAUGAUGAUUAUUUGGUCCAGCCCGUCAUUCAUGGUCAUGAAAGCACAGACCAGAAAACAUAAUGCCCUUAAAUGAGACAUAAAAAUUACUUUUACUCUAUAACUUGUAAUUAUCAAACAACAUGAUAGCUUGUUCAAACAUUUACUUGAACUUUUGCUUACACAUAAAAUUAGCACCCUUAUCUAAAAAGUAUAUUUGGUCAUAAAAUAAAAACCUAUAUUACUAUAUCAUGUUCAUUGUAUACAUGUUGAUGUUAUAAAGUAUAUCAGUAUAUAUUUUAGUAACAGUGCAGUGCAUAGGUUUUUGGAGAAAAAAAGUUGUUUCCAGUUUUUUUGAGAAAAAAUAAUUUGUUUUUGACCCUGCAAAAAAAAUAUUGUUUGUUUCACCCUUAGCUGCCACUAUAUGUAAUGCUAAAAUUGAAAGAAAAAAAUUGUUUCAUCCUCUCUCCUUCUAAUAUAACCUCCUUGGUAUCAUUAAACUUAUAUUUAUCAUGUUUAUUAUGCAUAUCAUGAAUAUUGCAAUAAAAAUGUUUAAUAGACAAAUA